AUGGUAUUAGCCUUUGCGAGAACUUUUAGAUUUCCUCUGACUGCUCAAAAUAAAUUUCGGGCCUUAUAUGUACGCCAUGCAACUAAUCUUAACUCCACUACUAAGACGUUGUCUAAACUCGCAGAAUAUCGAAAGCCGAUUAUUUACAAUGCUCUCGUGAUCAAAGAAUUGGCGAAAGAAGUAUACAUUAAGGAAGGUCUUCGACCACCAACAACGUCAGAAAUCUCGCAAGCUUGGUCAAACUUAAGAUCUAUCGGAUUAAAUGAUCUCAAAGGAAUAGGGCUUAGAGAUGCUGCUAGAGCUGUUAUACGAUCCGUGGAAGUUAUUGGAUUUUUUGCAAUUGGAGAAAUGAUUGGAAGGGGAAGUCUAAUUGGAUAUAAAUAUUGA